GUCAGCUUCUCAGGAAAAUACAGCAAAAUACCGGACUUCAUCCUUUUUAAGCGCCUUCGUAAUAUGUAUGACCGGAGAAAUUUUAUCAGUGCGGGGGCCGCUGCUGGCGUGGCCUCUGCCUUCACUGCGCCCGUGGGAGGCCUUCUUUUUGUUCUGGAGGAAAUCUCCUCAUUCUGGACACACAAGCUGGCCUGGCAAAUAUUCUUUUGUUGUGGCGUGGCAUCCUUCACCACGCAGGCGUUUACGUCUCUUUAUCGCACAGGCUCCCUCGGAUCAUUCUCGCGCGCCGCCUUCAAUAUCGACCAAGCCAUCAACUCCCAGCUGACAAUGUUCCUGCCCACCGUCGG